AGACGAUGAACGCAAAGACUUACCGAUGUGUGUUGUGCUACCGGUUGGGUGCUCCAUUGUUCUCUGUCUCGACGUCAUGCUCUGCUUGUUCAAGGGUUUUUUCUGGAAUAUUUUCGGUGAUCACGCGGUGUAGUGUGCUGGUAUGGUGGGUAUUAAGCAUCUGCAUAAUGUUGUUCGGGAAACCCUUGUUGAUGUUUGCUAUCGAUUUGGGAUUUCAUCGAGAAAGGAGGUUGACAUUGAGUUGUCUGGAGGGGACGACGGGGCCCUCAGAUCUGCAAAUGUGUUACUUUAUUCCAUAUACGUGGUCGCGAUGUCUGUGUUGACUUGAUAGGGUCUUCUCCUUUGACACAGUUUGGGCUAUCUGACUUUAUUCCUGGAUGGGUUGUGGCUUAUGCGGCUCAUCGGAAGAGGGUCAAAUAUGAAUCUAGCUGUCAGGCGAUUGGUUAUGGUUUCAUUCCCUUCUCCUUUUCUUCACUUGGGGAAUUAGAGAAGGAACUAUUUCAUUGCUGAAGCGGGUUCAGAAGAUCUCGGUGACGCAAGACAUUGGGGCCCGUGCUGCUGCUCAUAUAUUUACUAGGGUAGGAUUUGGUAUAGUUAGAGGAGUGGGGGCCUAGAUUAUAUCUCGGCUUCACACUAAUUUUUUGUAAGUUGUAUGACUUUGUCUAUUUUUAAUAAUAAUAAUAAUAAUAAUAAUAAUAAUAAUAAUAAUAAUAAUAAUAAUAAUAAAGCUGAAAUCUGCUCUGCCCAAAAGCUAAAAAAAAAAAAAAACAGGGCCUUAACCAUUUAAGCUAAUGUAGUUUAUACUAAGACCAAAAGCUCCCGUCCAAAAAAAAAAAAAAAAAAAAAAAAAGACCAAAAACUAGUGUUAUUUUAAAACUCACAAAGUAAGAAAUGAGGCGAAUGAUACAGGAGAAAAUUGGAAUGAAAAAAUCCCUUUUGGUAUUGAAAAUAUAAGUCAAUGAUGGCAGUUGAAGCAUUGGUAUGAGCUCUGAAGUAGGAUCGCUGGGUUCAAGAUCUCUCCUUCAAUUCCUCUCAUUUCUCCACACCUCCCACCAAAGUUCUUUCAUUCCAGGAAGGAGCCCAUCCAUAUGAGAAAGGAGCUGAGUGUACACCACCAUAUAUAUUUUCAAUUUAAGCUACAAUGGAAGCUGCAUUUCAAUCUGCCUUUGCUUCAAGUUUACUUCAGAACUUAAUUAAACUGAUUGGUGUCAUUCAAGUUGAAUACAAGAAAUUCCAAAGGGGUGAGGAAGCAGUGAAAAUGCUAGAAACAACUUCCAAUUGGAUGAUAGCAUUCGACUUUGCUUGCAAGAUCGACUUGACACUGUAGCUGUUCUUUGCUUAGAUGCAGAAGAUUUGAUUGAAGAUAUACUCGAUGCUGUCGCUCAGAACUCUUCUUCCAAGAAACCAAUGCUUAAUUCUAUGUUUAAGCAUCCAAAAAGGUUUGAUUGGCCAUCUGAGAUUCAGGAGCUACAAAGAAAACUAGACAGAGUAUUUGAAGAAGUGAAGUCCAUCAUUGAGCUUAUUGGCCAAACCAAAGCUCAAAAUACAUUUCGUAAUGGUGAAUCUAAUAUGAAGUCGUCACUACUGCCUUUAAUUGGAAGGGAAAACGACAUUACGGAUAUCAUCCAGAAGCUGACCUCGUCAGUUGAUUCUGAACAUAAUGGAGUAUCCAUCAUAGGUAUGGACGGACUUGGAAAGACAAUGCUUGCCAAAGCCAUCUUGGCUGACAAAAGAAUUUCAGAGCAAUUUUGCCAUAUAGUACGAGUUUAUUUGGUUGAGGGAUGUUUUGAAUCCAAAGAAGCAACUGAGCAACAAGGAUCAAUUACUGGCAACAAUGGGAUCCUCAAUAAACAAAAUCAAAGGUUGUUGAUCUUAUUCGACAAUUUGCUUGAUAUACAACUCACUGAGUGGAAUGACUUCUGGGGUCACAUUACAACACAACGGUCUACAUACACAGAGAUUAAGAUUCUCAUCACUACUUUCAAUCCGCGAGUUUCACAAAUAACUCGUACAGCUGCAUAUUACUUGAAGCGUUUGUCAAAGGAAAAGUGCACACAGGUCAUUGUGAAUAAUGCACUCAUGCUGAAUAAGGAUUUGCCUGAAUUGCAUUUAACAGCAAUUGCUGACACCCUGGCAACAAAGUGUGAAGGCUUGCCUCUGCUUGCUAGAACUCUUGGGAUGGUCCUAGGUCAAGAUAACAUAAAUGAAUGGGCAAAGAGGUUGAACAAGGAGUUGCGAGAUAUGUCUGAUGUAAAAAGGGAUAUUGUUUCAACCUUGAGGUUGAGCUAUCAAACUAUGCAACCUCAAUUGAAGAGGUGUCUUGCUUAUUUCUCACUCUUUCCUCAUAAGUACUCUUUCAAUAUGGAUGAUUUGAUUCAUCUUUUGGUAGCAGAAGGGGUUAUUCAGCUGGAUAAAGGCAAAGAAUAUUUUAGUGAUUUACAAGGCAUGUCAAUACUUCAACAUUUGGAAAAUGGAGUUGUAAACCACUCUGGAAAACCAAUAUAUGAGCUGCACAAAUUCAGCCACAUAUUUUCUCAACUGGAUGCUUCGAAGAUAUGUUUGCGGCUUGAAGAAGGUGUGUCAUCUCUAAGUGAUUCCUCAAAGAUUGAAAAUGUUCGUCACUUGUCUUUGUUGUGCGGCAAUAUUCAACUUACAACAUGGACUAAACUUGAGAAAUUCAAACGUUUGAGGACUUUUCUUUCCCUCAAUGAUAGAAGGAUUGGUCCUGUGCCUCGCCAGCUUUUCAAGGCACUAGUGCGCCUUCGUGUACUGCAACUGAAGAAAACCGAUAUUACAGAGCUUCCAGACUCCAUACAUAGGUUGAAACGUCUACGAAACCUUGAUAUUUCUUUUACUCCCAUAAACAAAUUACCUGAAACACUCUGUAAACUUUCCAACUUGCAAUUCCUCAGUCUCACAAACACUUUACAACUUUUCCAUUUGCCACAACAAUUUCAAAAACUGACUAAUAUGUUGUGUCUUGAUUGGGAAUUAAGUGACAUAAUUCGUCUUCAUCUACCAUCCCACAUUGGAAACCUUCGUAGCCUUCAGACCCUCCCUCUGUUCAUUGUGGGUGAUAGUCUUGAAGGAUACUGUAUUUCAGAGUUGAAGAAUAUGAAUUGUCUUAAAGAGUCAAUUUGCAUUCGAUUUCUCGAAUAUGUCCAAAAUCGAUCUAUGGCAGAGGAGGCAAUGCUUUGCAACAAGUUGUUGCUAGAGAAGAUAGAAUUGCAAUGGAUGAGAUUGGUGGAUGCAACUGUUGCUGAAGAUGUACUCGCAGGCCUAGAACCUCAUGUUUGUUUGAGAGAGUUGCAAAUAAUAAACUACAGUGGCAAGUUGUUUCCAGAAUGGAUUUGUGAUCCAUCGCGAAGCCUCCAAAAGAUACAUUUGAUGAAAUGUCCAUCAUGUGAGAUCUUCCCAGCACUUGGUGAGCUUCAAACUCUUAAGACUCUUGUCAUUGAAGAAUUUGCCGGUGUAACAGCUGUGGAUCGCCGCUUUUGUGGAACAUCCAGUGUUACUAGGGACGUCUAUUUUCCAUCAUUGGAAUCACUGACGUUCAAGAAGUUGGUGCAACUCCGGAAUUGGAGAGGAUUGGAAGCAAAUGACAUGCCUCGCCUUCGAAUUCUCAAAAUUGAAAAUUGUCCUGAGUUCAUCAACUUGCCUUCACUCAAGAAUCUAACCUCUUUAGUUGAAUUAAAGAUUGAACGUUGUCCAGCAAUGAGAUCAAGAUAAGAGAGAGUGAUUUACUCAAAGAUCGAUGUGUUGCUGAAGGAGAAGAUUGGGAGAAGGUAGAUUGUGUUCCAUAUGUAGAGAUUGAUGACACAAGGAUCCCAACAUCAGGUGCCAAUAAUGUCCCAACACAACCUGCUCGGCGACAUCAAAACGUUGUUUACCAGGGAUAUCUACUUGUCAAGGACAACAUUGGAGCAUUUAGCCGACUCAUUUUGAGGGAUUAGCACACAGGAGAAGCAGAGUAAAUAAACUAAGACCAGGUAUAUUGAUGUCUUUCUUAUUUUCUACAUAAUAGUCUAUGAAAUGUUAUACAAAGAAGUAAGGCAUUGAGUGCA